UUUACACCCUUUUAUGAGAACUGGAGUAUAGCUAGCAUGGAACCGUUACCUCCCCGGCAGAAUACCGCGCCCAAAGACGGGUACGGACCCCGCGGAUACCCGGACUGUUACUAUACAUCACGCGUCUUAAACUCGACAUUCCGUUACGUGAAGUUCGUGAAGAAACUCCGCGCUUUAGAAGAGGAACAACGUCGAGGCGCCGCCAACAGUCUCAAGGAACUCAAUGACAAGCAGUACAGUGACUUCUUCAUACGAUGUGAUCGCAGAUCGCUCAUAAAAAAUGUGGCUCGACGAGUGGAUCUAUGUAUGGCAUCCUAUGAAGAAGAUCUCAAGGAAAAGAAGAAAAGAUUAGUAGCCCUCCUAGAAGCGGAAGAGGAGAUGAAUAUCCGUAAGUUCGUGGAAGAGGCGCAGGCGGGCGUGGAGGCGCUGUGGCAGGACAAGAAGGACCGCCUCGCGUACUUACUCGCUAAGCGACAGAAGGAACACGAAGAAAAGUAUAAGGAUACUCCUCUUUCGAAAUGCGUGCACGUAACAGCAUGCAUACACAAGUGGCGCGCUAAGGAGGCGCAGGAGAUCCAGCGCUACCAGAUGAAGGAGAAACAAGCGAGGAAGAUGGCGGAGCGCGAGAUCGACCAAAUGUGGCACGAGGUCGCUAUGAAGGAGUCUGAAGCUUUGGCUGCUCGUAUGGAACUAGACACAAUCGAACGUCUCCGUCGCGACCACGCCUGCAAGGAGAACAGCGACUUCCAGAUAGAGCUGCGACGGCAACAGCGGGAGAAAGAGAGGGAGGUACUUAAAGCGGAGUCGCUACGCAUGAGGGCGGAGUUUGAAGCAUACGCUAGGAAAGAAGAUGAAGAUGCAGUCAAACGAGCAGAAAUGCGUAAAGAACUAGCGGCGGAAAGGGACCAGAUGUUGAAAGAGCGACAAGAGACCGUUGCUAAGAAACAAGCUGAGGUCAAGCUCAUUAAUGACACGUGGGACUCGUUAGCCGACAUGGGCCUGGCUGAACAGAAGAGGCAUGAGGAAAUGUUGAAACAAAAGGAGCGAGACCUCGACGAAUGCAACAAGAAGAUGGCGAUGUAUAAGAAGGGGCUGAACGCGAUGGCGGCCGCCGACAAAGCCCUGCUGGAGCAGGAGGCUCAGCGCGUGCAGGACAAGAUGGACCUGAAGAGGUGCGAGUUCGCUAAGAAGCUGAGGAAGUCUACCAAGGAUGUCCGAGCAGCGAUCGUGGAACAAAUGAAAGAGAACGCAGAAACACGCGCGUCCAAAGAACUUCACAAACACGACGACGAUGGCUACUAUAAGCAGGUGUUCAACCAAAUGUCACAACUGGUGGCGCACAAGGAGAUGACCGAGGCUCAAGCCAGGAAGCUGUAUAAGAACCAGCUGUUAGAGCAGAUGGAGUAUAACAAGCUGUUGAAGGAACGCGCAAAACAAGAAGAAUUGGAGCAAAGGAAGAAGUGCCAGUUAGCGGCUGAUGAGUACCAACAGGAGAUCAACAGGAUGGUUUGCAGGCCAUUCUUGAGCGAUGAGAUCCAUCCCUUCAUGCAGCAGAUGGCUAAAGGUCUUCGUAUGAAGGAGAAGUGUCCGUGCUCGAAGCCGACAUACUGCGCCGACCCCAAGCCAGCCCCAAAGAAGGCUGCUAAGAAAACGGUUUGAUAUGAACUACUUACAUAUAUUUGUGAUUAUAUUUUUUCGGUUUGUU